GCGGUUAAGGCGGAAAUAGUCGAGGACGAGGUGGACGAGUAUGAGAGACGUCGGCGCGGCGAAAAAGUGAUCGGCGGAGGUGACGCCGGAGCAGGAGGUGACGCCGAAGACGUCGGUGGUCGUGUCAAGAUGACGUCGUCGGUCCUGGCGCUGCUCGGCCUGAUCCUGGCGACCGCCGGUGCCGAGCUGAGCUCGAGGAUCGUCCGGACUAAGUACGGCGAGCUGUCGGGCGUGAUCGUGACCCUCGAUCGAUACCUCGAGGGUGUCGAGGUGUUCCGCGGCGUGCCCUACGCCUCGCCGCCGAUCGGCUCGUUGCGUUUCAUGCCGCCCGUCACCGGUGCCCUUUGGCAGGGCGUUAAGGUCGCCGACAAGUUCGGACCGGUCUGUCCGCAAAAACUGCCCGAACUCAGCGACAAAAUGCCCAAGGGCAGGGCAGAGUACCUCAAGCGGCUGCUGCCCUACCUCAGGAACCAAAGCGAGGAUUGCCUGUAUCUCAACAUUUACGCGCCGGUCCAAGCCGGCGCGAGGGACGGUGGCGGUAGACGGUAUCCUGUGAUUGUGUUCGUGCACGGCGAGAGCUACGAGUGGAGCAGUGGAAAUCCUUACGACGGCAGCGUCCUGGCGAGUUACGGGGGUGUCGUCGUCGUCACCAUCAACUAUAGACUCGGCAUUCUGGGCUUUCUAAACGCCAACACAGACUCGCACUUACGCUCGCCGGCGAAUUAUGGUCUGAUGGACCAGAUCGCAGCGUUACACUGGGUACAAGAGAACAUCGCUUAUUUCGGGGGCGACCCCAAAAACGUCACGCUGGUGGGACACGGCACCGGCGCCGCCUGCGUGAACUUCCUGAUGACCAGCCACGCGGUUCCUGACGGUCUGCUGUUCCAUCGGGGCGUUCUGAUGUCGGGCAGCGCGCUUUCACCCUGGGCGUUGGUGAGAGGCGCCGCCAAUUACGCCAUGCAGGUCGCCAAACACCUAAAUUGUUCGUCGGUGGCGGAAGAUCCUCAGGCCCUGUUGAAGUGUCUGAGAGACAUGUCCUUGAGCGAACUGGUGUCGGUACCUGUUAAAGGGCUGGAGUUCGCGCCAGCCUUCGGCCCGAGUAUAGACGGCGUCGUGAUCGAUCCUGGCGAUCCCGAGGAUCAGGACUACACCCUGCAAGUCGACACGAUCAAUACGCUCAACAACAUCCUUCUGAGGAAGGACGUCGUGGCGAAACUGUCGAGGUACGAUCUGAUGGUGGGUGUUGUUCGUUCCGAGGCGUAUUUUUCGCUAACCGCCGAGGACGCUCAGUAUGGCAUUGAGGCCGACAGAAGAACAAAGAUCCUGCGCGAAUUCGUGCGGAACACGUACACGUAUCACCAGCCGGAGAUCCUGGCAACUAUAAUAAAUGAGUAUACAGACUGGGAACGACCUGUGCAACAUCCCGUCAAUAUUAGGGACGAAACUCUAGAGGCCCUGGGGGAUGCGAAUACGGUCGCUCCAGCGACGAGAACCGCGGAUCUUCACAGCCAAUCCCAUAGGAACUCCUAUCUAUAUGUCUUCGACUAUCAAACGAAAUUCGGAGACUAUCCUCAGAGGCCGGGAUGUAUCCACGGAGAGGAGCUGCCGUAUUUUUUCGGAGCGCCUCUGGUCGGUGGCAUGUCCCAUUGGCCGAAGAACUACACUAGGGCCGAGAUAGCGCUCUCCGAGAGCGUGAUACUUUAUCUGACAAACUUUGCACGCACUGGGAAUCCGAACGAGGGCACCCCCGAUCCCGGACCCCUCGGUUCCAGACCGGAAAGGACCAAGUUUAAAAAUAUCGACUGGACCGCUUACGAGGCCGUCCACAAAAAAUAUCUUAGCAUAGAGCUCAAAUCGAAACUGAAGAACCACUACAGGGCCCACCGCCUUUCUUUUUGGCUGAACUUGGUGCCCGAUCUUCACAAACCCGGCACGGACGAUGUUCCUAGAUCGCAUCAUCUCCUCGAUGCCGAGCAGGUGCCACCCAGAUUCAUUCAGAGGCUACCGACGACCACGAGAACGACCACCUUGGAGGUGACCUCCAUCGAGAAGUCCUCGUCCAACGUGUCAACGGCCGUGCCCAGCGACAUCACGUUCGAGGACACCACGGCGUUACCUGAGGACGGCUUCGCGGCGUACUCCACCGCCCUCAGCGUGACAAUCGCGAUCGGCUGCAGCCUGCUGAUCCUGAACGUGCUCAUUUUCGCCGGGGUGUACUAUCAGCGCGACAAGAGCAACCACCAGCACCACAGCUGCUCGAAGAAGCGCCAGGAGAACGGCCAGAUGCCGAACAACAUUUGCGGCGAACUGGAAACCAAGACCGCCGAGCGGCAUCACAUCCAGCAUAUACCGCCGCCGGAGUUCGCCGACCUGCAGAACAAUACCUGUCACGUGCCUAUGCCGCCCCCGCCACCGAAGAACACGAAGCCCGGCAAGCCCGGCCAGAACCUCAUCAUCAGUCCUAACCAGCUCCAGCAGGAGAGCCUGGCGAUGACCGGGACCGGGACCUUAAAGAAGGGACACAAUCACCCUCAGGUCAUGGAGGAGCUGAGGGUCUGACUCUAGGAGACCGCGCGGUCGCCGAAUUAACAUGGCCGCGAGGAAAUUAGGAUCCCGAAAUAACCGAGCGUCAGGGAAUCACUUCGGAAUGGAGCUCUCCAUUAUCAUUCUGACCACGGACAUAAUCAGGACACUGACGAGGAUACACAAUCAUUGCCAGUUCGCAAAGAAGCUGAGACUCUAGCGAAUACCGAAACUCUUAGAUUAGAAUCCUGAAACCGUCGAGUGUCGGGAAACCGCAUCGAGAUGACCCUUCGGAUUGUUCUUCGUCGGCGGUUUGGCUAGAGGAAUUCCGUUGUCGGGACACCGCAAGGCAAUUAAAAGAGGCGAGGUCUGAAGUCAAAACGGAAAGUUUCAGGAAUAAUCUCUUCCAAUGACGCUCGACGGGAGACGGGACAAUUCUUCAAAGUUUUUCGAAGCGACCGUGAUAUCGUCGAUAGAUAGAAAGUGAUAAAGGAUAAGAAAAGUGGGACUUUUAUUGUUACGUGAGGAGUACGUAUUAGUGCAGGGGCGUAACUGGUACUUUGAGCCCGGGAGCCGACUACUGGCCUUUAUAUGGGGUCGGAAAAAGUCGGGGUCCGGUCGUUUCGGGCCAAGCAGCGUUGCUUCCACUCGCUAUGCCCCUGUGUUAGCGGCAACGCCAUACUGUUAUCGUUUUCUACCUUUCGAAUUUGCGACCAACUGCCGAAAAUCACAUAGUCUUCGAUGGAUAGACAAAUCUGCGUUAAGUAGAACUCUUCAUCUCCCCAUACCGAGAAAAGAACUCGAUUGUGUUCCCUGUCCUUUUUUUCGUGCAUUUUUCAACUUAUUAUAUUCUCUUAUCGCAAUCUUGCAUCUUGUAUUACGCGACUUACUUUGUUUGGACGUAUUGUAUUUACGUACUCCGUGUAUUUUAUUUAAAUAUUAUAACUUUAUUAAUGAAGAUUGAUAUCAUCUUUUAUGUUUCUUUCACGUUUUGUUGCAAUUAUAAAAUUUGUAACAAAUUAUUAAGUAGUUUUUGUUACGCGCGCAAAAUUAAUGAUUAAUAUUAAUGGCGCUUUCUUUUAUUUUAUCUGCUUCUCUCUCUUUCUCGCGCUCUGUCUCUAUCUCUCUCUCUCUCUUUCUCUCCCUCCUCUCUUCCUCUUUCAUUAUCUUUUCACGUAAUAUAGACUGAAGGUUCGAGUCGAUUUGAAUCGUGCCGACACUGUUCUCGUUCUUCCGAGUGACGAUGAUUAUAACAAUGGUUCGAAUCGCUGCCACGACGAUUCAUUUCUAUAUGACGUCGAUCGUUCAAAUGCUCAAUUAAAUACUUAAUUAACGCUUUCUUUCUCAAUGAUAACGUGACUAAAUUUUCACAAAACUCAAACUUGCGUUUAGCAGCAAAGUUUUCCUAUAUACAAAAAUUGACAGCACAAAAUUUUGAUGAUUUCGUGGAAUCGUUGCAAUUAUUCCGGUAAUUUCUUGCAAAUUAAAAUGUAAGAUAACAUUAAGACGAAUUUCUGCACAAUAGAAACUUGAUAAAUUUCUGAGAACGAAAGGGUUAAGUGGGCGUUCGAGAAUCGAACAAGUUUUUUUACUGUGAAAAUAAAAGAAAGUUGAAUGAUCGAUGACACUCAACAGCAUACUGCCAAACGAUCGCGAAUCAAGGAAAAGGUGCGGAUCGUUAACAGGAAAAUCGUGAUAAGUUAAAAUUCGAAGACGGAAAGCCGCUGCAAUAGAAAAAGAAACGCAUUGUUUUUAAUCCAUCGAUGUUUUACAAAAAUAAGACAACUGCAAAUUUAAUCAACCCUCGUUGCUUUCAAUACGAACAUUUCCCAAGGGACUACAUGCGAGGCAGGCAUUCGCAUAAAAAUAUAUUGAUUGCAAAUCAUUUUGCCGGAAACUAUUUCAAACGAUUAUCGUUUACAAAGAUUUUCUUAAAUACCUUUGAAUUUCAAUUUUACUAAUUUCACUGAUCUCACAUGUCAUCUCAUUCGUCAGUUUCGUACCAUUUCUAAGACUAGCAGGUAAUAAAAUGAAAGAAAGAUUAAAUUUUUAGAGUUGUCCUAUUUUUAAAGAAUUAAUGAAGAUUUUUCGAAUAUCUAAAUGGCGACAGACUGUUGGAGGAACUUUCGAAUGCAAUUUCGAGUGUAAAUAAAGAUUCAUUAAGUUUAAGUCUGUCGCUGAUGCGCCGUUAAAUUGAAUGAAGGGUGAAAGAGCUCGGGAAUAGCUCCGAUUGUAAUAAUAUUGCACAUCGACGAGAAAAAAAAACGGUAUGUCAGCGUAGUCGGAAGCACACUGGACGUAAUUUUAAAUUUGUAUAUAAUUGACAUUACAAUAAACUAUAUAAUAAACUA